GCGCGCGCGGCUCCCCCUUCCCCCCUCAUAACAUUCCCCCCCCUCACCCCCCUUCGCCCCACCCGGCCCCUCCCGCCCGCCGCCGUACCGGAACGCGCCGGGGAAGGACCGGGGAGCAGCGGCGGGAGGACAGAGGAACGGAGGCGGCGGGAGCGGGCCCCGCGGCGGAAGAUGGCGGCGGGCGAUGGCGCGGCCGAGGGCGCCGCGGGGCCGGGGCCGGGGCCGGGGCCGGGGCCGGUGUCCUUCGCCUUCAGCCGCAGGGCCGAGCGGCGGCGGCCGCUGCCCACGGGACCCUGCGCGGAGCCGGCCGGCGCUGACACCGAGAGCGACACCGACUUCCUGACGGCCGUGGAGGGCCGCGAGCUGCUCAGCACGCGGCCGGCCCCGCCCCCCAAGAAGGAGCUGGUGAUCCCCCUGAUCCCCUCCCCCCGCUGGAGGAACCCGGAGCCCCCCCGCGCCCGCGCUGGCCCCGCCCCCAGCACAGACCCCGCCCCCAGCACAGACCCCGCCCCCAGCACAGACCCCACCCCCAGCGCUGGCCCCGCCCCCAGCGCGGACCCCCCCUCGGUGGAGGCCCAGGCGGUGCAGGAGCUGCUGCAGGAGGCCCGGCAGAGCCAGGAGCAGCCCCCGGGCCAGCCCGGACCCCCCAUGGCCAUCCCCCUGCAGCGGCCGGACCGGAGCGGGGACGGGGACGGGGACAGGGACAGGGACAGGGACAGGGACAGGGACGUCGCCACGGGGCCACAGCCGACCCCCCAGGACUACGAGGCCGUGCCCGUGGGCCAGUUCGGGCUGGCCAUGCUGCGGGGGAUGGGCUGGAGCCAGGGCCAGGGCAUCGGGCGCACCUUCGCCAGGGUGGUGCCCCCCCUGGAGCAGCGGCCGCGCCCGCGGGGUUUGGGGCUGGGGGCCGAGGCCGCCCCCCCCGGGGCCGCGGAGCCCCCCCAGGGCGGGCCCGGCGUGGGCGACACCGUGAGCAUCGAGGCGGGGCCCCACCGCGGCCUGCGGGGCCAGGUGCAGGCGCUGCUGCCCGAGGCCGGGCGGGCGCUGGUGCGGCUGCAGCUGGGGGGGCAGGUGGUGACCGUGAGCCAGCACGGGCUGCGCCCAGUGAGCGCCGGUGCCUCGGGCCGCCCCCCCCAGGAGGGGCCGGAGGGGGGGGCGCAGGGAGGGGACCCCCCGCGGGGGGGGGGCAAGCGCAGGGAGCCCCCCCCGAGCGACAGGAGCGCGAAGCAGCCCCGGGGCGCCCCCCACUGGCUGCGGCGGGACCUGCGCGUGCGCUGCGUGGACACGGCCUUCCGGGGGGGGGUCUUCUACAACUGCAAGAUGACGAUCGAGGACCUGCUGGCCCCCGACACCUGCGUGUGCCGCACGGACGACGGGCACCUGGUGGAGGGGCUGCGCGAGGCCUCUCUGGAGACCGUGGUGCCGCGGGGCAGCUCCGAGCGCGUCAUGGUGGUGCUGGGGGAGCACGCGGGGCAGCUGGGCCGGAUCCUGGAGCGGGACGGGCGCCGGGGCCGGGCUCUGGUGCAGCUGGGCCGGGCGGGGGCCGCGGUGCUGCCGCUGCCCUUCGACAGCAUCUGCCUCUACCUGGGCGACGAGGACUGAGAGCCCGGCACGGCCCGGCUCGGCUCGAGACGGGCAACCACGGGCACGAGAUGGGCAACCGUGGGGGUGAGCUGGGCAAUAAAGGUGUCAGAUGGGCAA